UAACAUGAGGCUUGGUUUUCCGUGGUUUUCCGUGGUGCUUUGUGGGCUUGUGGCACUGCCAACACAUUUUAUGCAUUUUAUUACACAAAUUCAACAUGUCUACUCAUAAGAAGAAGACAAGGAAGCUUCGUGGACACGUCAGUCACGGUCAUGGACGUAUUGGCAAACACAGAAAGCAUCCCGGUGGUCGUGGUAAUGCCGGUGGUAUGCACCAUCACAGAAUCAACUUUGACAAGUACCAUCCUGGAUACUUUGGUAAACUUGGUAUGAGAAAUUACCAUUUACGUAAAAACACAAAAUGGUGCCCAGCAUUAAACUUGGACAAAUUGUGGACACUUGUAUCUGAACAAACAAGACUCAAGUACAAAGAUGCCAAAACUGAUAAAGUACCAGUUAUCGAUCUUGUCAAGGCUGGAUAUUACAAACUCUUGGGUAAAGGAAGACUUCCAAAACAACCAGUUAUUGUCAAAGCUAAAUUUUUCAGCAAAGAAGCUGAAGACAAAAUCAAGGCUGUUGGAGGAGCAUGUGUUCUUUCUGCUUAAUUUGCUGAUUCAAAUAAGCAGUCAUCGAUUUUGCAAAUGAUGAUUAGCAGCUCUUGGAUAAAGGACAACUUGGAUCAUGUCUAAGCUAAAUUCAUCAGCACCAAGGCUGAAGACAAACUCAAGUCUUUUAAAAGAGAACAUGCUCUUUCUUCACAACUGUUAACCCAUGAGUUUUUAUAUACCACUUUUAAAAUAUACUCAAUAUAUUUUGUUGAUACUUUUUUUUUCUUUUUUUUUUUUUUUUUUUACAUUUGCAAGAACAUUAUCAACAAAAGCUAGAUGUAUUUUUAUAAUUGAUUAUUAUCAAUAAAGAACAUAAAGUCUGUAUGAAUAUAUGUUGACAACAA